AUGAACAGCUCAAGCGAUGCAAUAAUUUCCGGUGCUUUAAGGCACCCUGGGAAAGAUUGUCUUGCAGUUUCCACUGCUUGUGGCAUUUGUGGGCUUCGAUCUCAUCUGGCCUCGAUGUGUUCGGAUCUUUGGCGACGCUUCCAUAAUACCGAAACGGAAGAAACGCCUGUGGAGCCGUCAGUCAAAACCGAUCACCACCUCUGGAACGUUCGGUCGUAUUCGAAACCAGGAAAGGUCGUGAACACGGAUUCGUCUGAUGCCGGAGAGCCGAGUACGUCUCGGGNGGUUUGGCAAGGAGAGAGAAGCAACUUCGUCUCCCGGGGUCAACAACAUUAUCGUGGCAAUAAUAGCGGAGCAUGGAGUGACUUUAGCAGAGACAGGGUGGAAGAAUUUCUUCCGCAUUCCGAAACGGGUUACGAAUAUCGGAAUUACAGUGACACUCCGAGAUUCGAUGGACCAGCUCAAGCCAAUUUCCGAGGCCGGGAAUAUGCUCAAGUGGACGUGAGAGGUGGUCAUCACCGCCAAGGCUCCUGGGACUCCACUGUCAAUAACUAUUACGGAUUUCAGAAUACCAACGGAUACGGAGAUCGUGGAGGAUACGGAUCCAACCCUCAGUUUCCUUCAGCUUUUUGAUCGCAAAUGAUGACGGUUUUCACUUUGUUGUUGUUUUGUUUUUUUUUCGUCGAUAACGAUUUGAAUGUUGCUGUGGUCGAGUUUCGUUGAAGGAGAACACGGGAUGGUUUAUGAAAACCAGGAAAAACAAAACUCGUUCUUUUCCUUUCUUUAAGAUUUUUCUCUAGCUUUCUUUUGUGUGUUUGCAGCCGAAAAGUUUCUCCCAGUAGAGUAUUCAAUUUUCUAUCGUCACGGAUUGAAAGAAAAAAAAAUUUCUUUUGACUUGACCGCCUGAACUGACUCCGAAAAAAAUUGUCUGCCGGAAUUAUGUUACAUUUUUUUUGAAUAUUUUUGUCAAUCGAGUACAAACCACGCCCUAGUUUGAUUGAUCACUUCGGGAAGUCCCAAUUUUACGUGAAUUUUCUCCUAAUUUCGAAUCGCACUCCAAUUCGAAGAAUUCUUUUUUUUUUCUUCUGGGAAUCGUAAGAGAAAGUUUCCGCGUAAAUACGUUGUGUUAUGGGAGGUAUUUUGAAUGUUGAUCAGUUCAAGAGUUGAUGUGGGACAGAGGCAUGACGUUUUUUCGACCAUGAACUCUUACAUGAUUCUGUGCACAGUAAUUCAUGCCUUUCUUGUACAUUUUCCACCAUCUGAAGUAUCGGACACAUUUUGAUGUGACAAGACUUCCUCUGCGUGUACUUUCUUCGCAUAUCUUGAGGAUUCAAAAUUUUUCAACGCUAAUACGGAAAUGUACCUUUGAAAAAUGAAGUAGACUUGAGGGCAUUGUCCUUUCUGGGAUUACCGUAUUUACUUGAGUACCAGGUGCACCUUUUUUCUCAAAUUUCAAAAGGGGUGCGCGUCAUAAGUGGGUACAAAUGUUUCAAGAAGUUUUAGGAAGUUAUGUGAGCAUUAUACUUGAUUAUAAGGGAG